AUGCCUGAAGAGGUUGCUUCCUUGGAACUGUCUCCUAGGAAGGCUUCGAAGGGAAGUGCUAAAGCUUACAACGCGAGAUUUUACAAGGAGCCGGUGACAAGCGAGAAUUUAGCCAAGUGCCAACUCAGUCCCUUAAUUGAACAAGUGGUCCUGGCUGAGGAGGUUGAAGUAAACUCCACCAAGGAAGCUGCCACUGAUCUUACUAUGAUGGUUCCUAAUAAAGAAAUGUUGAGGAAAGCCCUGGAUGAGAAGAAACAAGUCAAGCUUGUAGGGGAAAAUGGAGCUUCCAAGAAGUGGAGGUGCUUGAUGAAGUCAUCCGAGCUCCCCUUUCGUAAUGUUGACCUAAUAAUUUCUGAGGAGGUCGUGACUCCUGACCUCCCUUCAACCCAAGAGAGGUAUGAGAAAGCCGCCCCUAUUGAGGUGCAUGGUACCCUCGAGUCUUCUAUCCACAUAAAUGCUCUUCUCUGUCAAACCCAAAUAUUUGAAAAGCAGAAUGAGAAAAAGACAACUAAGUUUGCUGCUUCCAAGAAGCAAUUGGAGGACCUUACCUUUCAGGCUAAGGCUGAGGAAGAAGUUGUGCUACUAGGGGCAAAACUGGCUGACGCUAUGAAAAGGUGCUCAGAGUUGGAGGCCGAGGUGAAGGCCAAGGAUAAUACUAUUGGCGAACUGAAGAAGCAACCUGUAGGUAGCUAUGUAGAUGGGUAUGAAGAGCUUAGAGAACAAGACAAAAUUAAAUACCAUCAAGACAAGUUUUCAGAGCUUGACUUUGAUUCCUUUGAGCCUUCACUUUCUGAAGAGGCUAAGGAAGUAGCUGAAGGGGCCACUACGAAGGAGUUGAAGGUUAUGCCGAGCUGCCUGUAG